AUGUCGGUGGCUCCGCGCGCUCAGCUGCUCCUCUUCCUCGUCUCGCUCUCGUGGAGGACGGGACUGAGCCGCUACAUCCAGGUACGACCCACAAUCAUCACAGUCCAGCUGAAGCUAAGGUGCUUGGACAUGCUGGCCACUGACGGCUACUUCACCUUCGUGGCGUCUCGACCACAGCUGGCUUGUGCUGCUUUCAUCAUCGCUGAGCCCAGCGAAGUUAUCAGUCUGGAGCUGACUGACGUCAGCAUCGACUGCGGCGCUGGAGACUUCAUAAAGAUGUUCGAUGGGUGGGUUCUGAAGGGGGAGAAGUUCCCCAGCAGUCAGGACCACCCCCUGCCUCUGCACCAGCGCUACACAGACUACUGCGCCUCCACAGCACUGGGAGCCACCAGCCGCUCCUCCCAGAACGUCGCCAUGAUCUUCUUUCGCAUCCACAGCCCCGACAGUGGCUUCACUCUCGCUGUCAAAAAGCAACACAACCCUUUCCCCUGUAACAUCAUGUCUCAGAGUCCGGAAGGCAGCUUCACCAUGGUGAUGCCACAUCAGCGCAGGAACUGCAGCUUCUCCAUCAUCUACCCCGUGGAGAUCCGACUGACAGAGCUCAGCCUGGGGCAGGCCAAAAGCAAUGAGCUCAGCCCACAGAGACAGCUCUGGUCGGGCUGCUCAGGGUCAGGCGACUACGUGGAGCUGCUGGGAGGGAACGGGGUCGACACCUCCAAGAUGUUCCCUGUAGCUGACCUCUGCUUCUCCCACAGUGGGCUCGCCCAGAUGAAGAUCGGUUGUGAUAACUCGGUGGUGAGGCUGGUGUCCAGCGGGAACUUCGUCAACCGUGUGUCCUUCCAGUACCGACUACUGGAGAACAACGAGCUUCCCAAGACCAGAGAGAACAAUCUGGAUAACUUCUGCUCUGUAGAAUGAGACCACACACACACACACACACACACACACAUAUUACACACACACACACGCAAUCACACACUCACCCGUCUCACUGUAAAAAU